AGCGUUCGUCUUCCAUCUCCAACGCUUCUAUCCGCAUCUCAGAGUCAACUCGUUGGACAACGCCUCGAAUCGUCUAUCCCCGGAGGUCACGGUAGACCCCUAACGGGAGCAACGAUGGAGAACGAAAGGCGCAAAGAAUCAGAUAGCACGAUGGCGUCGCUGUCGACCUCUCACACGGUGAAGGACACCACCCCAGACAUCGUUGAAUGCAAAACCGACGGCGGAUCAAGUCAGGACCACCGUGGAAGUGAGAAUGAUGGCAAAUGUGAUUGUGAACAGGCAGACAAAGAACCCUCAACCCUUGAAGCACAGCCAGCAGACGAGCAAACACCAGUUCACUCAGCCUUCACCAAGAAUGAGAAACGCUUCAUUAUCUCAAUGAUCUCCAUGGCUUCCUUUUUCUCGCCUCUGUCUGGCCAGAUCUAUUACCCCGUCAUGCCAACCCUCGUCCGCAACUACCAUCUGACGACGGCUCUCGUUAAUCUUACGGUGACGACGUACAUGAUUCUACAGGGUCUGGCACCAAGUUUUAUGGGCACGUUUGCGGACUCAGGUGGUCGACGGCCGGCAUACAUACUGGCGUUUGUCAUCUACACUGCGGCGAAUAUAGGGCUGGCAGUGCAGGAUAGCUUUGCAGCAUUACUUGUACUGCGUUGCCUUCAGAGUGCGGGGAGUAGUGGUACAGUGUCGUUUGGAUACGGCGUCGUGUCAGAUAUCGCUACCCCAUCUGAACGAGGACGGUUCGUUGGCCCCAUGGCAGCAGGUGUCAUGGUAGCACCAGCCCUAGGUCCUGUCAUCGGAGGUAUCCUGGCAAAGUUCCUCGGCUGGCGCAGCGUAUUCUGGUUCCUGGUGAUUAUCAGUGGCGGAUACCUGGUCGUCUUCGCCAUUAUGAUGCCCGAGACUGCACGCAGGGUUGUUGGGAAUGGCAGCGUACCCCCCAAAGAGUGGUGGAGGAUGUCGUUGAUCCAGUACCUUGCUGAGCGUCGUCGAGUGAAAAAGAUGUCGGCUGAAGAGCGAGAAGGACAUGAAGAGCAGCAGUUGGCAUUGAGCAAUAAUGCGAGUCAUACAAGAAAGCUUAAGUUUCCGAAUCCGCUGGAGACGUUUGCGAUUCUGCUGGAGAAGGAUGCGUUGAUUAUCAUCACGUUUAUUGGAAUAGUGAUGUUCGCGAACAUUGCGCUGUUGACCAGCACGCCCAAUAUUUUCACGAAGUUAUAUGGGUUCAAUGAUCUUCAGAUUGGUUUGUGUUUUCUUCCCCUCGGAACCAGCGCCUGUCUUGCCGCCAUCCUCAACGGCAGACUCCUCGAUUGGAACUACCGCCGUACAGCAACCCGCCUGGGCUUUCACAUCGACCGCAAAAAAGGCGAUGACAUCCGCACCUUUCCCAUAGAAAAGACCCGCCUCCAGACCUUCUUCCCGCUGAUGUCCGUCGGCAUCCUCACUUACCUCCCCUACGGCUGGGUUCUACAGAAGCGCGCACCGCUCGUGGCACCUCUAAUCCUACAGUUCAUUAUCGGGUUCUGCUUCGUUGCUGCGCUUAACACACUCAACACUUUGAUCGUGGAUCUGUUCCCAGAUCGGUCUGCCACUGCAGCUGCGGCGAAUAAUCUGGUUAGAUGUUGGUUGGGAGCUGUGGGCGCGGCGUUGAUUGAUCAGAUGCUUAGGGGAAUGGGUGGGGGAUGGUGUUUUACGUUUUUAGGGUUGGUUAUGGCGGUUGGGUUAGGAUUUGUGUCGUUGGAGGGGAAGUAUGGGAUGGAGUGGCGAGAGCAGAGGCGUGUGAAGAUGGAGAAGAAGAAGGAAAAGAAAGAGAGGAAGGAAGAGAAGAAGCAGGAGGAACAAAUAAAGGGCUAGGAGGGGGGCCAGGAACAGCAGCAGAAUGGGACUAUUUCUGGCACUGGUAAUUCGUAAAAGGAUGUUAUGCUUUGGAUGGCUUAAUGAUGAAACAUUGUUUAACGGUUUGGGUGUUUAGACACCAAUGAUCAAUUUACCGGGCAUUUUUUAGAGUACUUGGACUUUCCCUUUCCGCUCCGAGUUCAGAUACUGGUGUGAUUGCGAGGGCUGCCACUAAUGUUGGGGUUGAGGCUCUGGGGGAUGGGC